GGGAGCGGGACAGCGGUGGGAACCUCGAGAAGCUGCAGCUGCUGGGUGCUGCGGUGUGCGCGCCGGCGCGGCCCCGUGCGACGCCGACCCGGGCGAGGCGAGGUGGAGGCGGCGGCACUCAAAUAGCCACGCCUCCUCAGCCCUUCGCUGCCUCACACCACCACCGCACAUCCCCACCCCACACCACACCAUGGCCACCAAGGCCCGCGCCCACGUCAUCGCCCGCGCCGGCUCGCUUGCGCAGACGCUCGAGCAGCGCGACGUCGAGCUGCCCGCGCUCGGUGCCGACGAGGUGCGCGUGCGUGUCGCCUACGCCGCGCUGAACCCCGUCGACUACAAGAUUGCGGCGCUGCUGCCCGGCUUCCUGCAGAAGCUGCCGCGCGUGCCGGCGUCCGACUUCUCCGGCACCGUCGACGCUGUCGGGGCGUCCAUCGACUCGCUCAAGCCCGGCACGCGCGUGUACGGCUUCGUGCCCGCCGAGGACCUGGCGCGCGGCAAGAACGGCGCGCUGGCGACGUUUGUCAACGUGCCGCGCAAGUUUGUGCUGCCCGCGCCGGCGCACCUCAGCGACGAGGAGCUCGGCGGCGUGACGCUCGUCGGCCUCACCGCCCUCACGCUCGCCGCCACGCUCAGGCAGGGCGACCGCGUGCUCAUCGUCGGCGGCAGCACGGCCGUCGGCCUGCUCGCGGCCGACGUGGCGCGCGCAAAGGGCGCCUCGCUCAUCGUCGCCAGCGCCAGCGGCGCCAAGGCCAAGUUCAUCAAGGAGCGCGGCGUCGACGAGACGAUUGACUACCGCGAGGUCGACGUCGCCGGCGAGCUGGCGCUGCGCUACAAGAACGAGCCGUUCGACGUCGCGUGGGACUGCAUCGGCGACGCAUCGAUCCACGCCAAGAGCCCCGCGUACCUGAAGCCAGACGGCGAGUACCGCACCGUCGGCGCGACGGGCAUCGUGCCGGAGACGGGCAUCUUCAGCACCAAGGUGCUCGGCCUUGUCGGCUUCCAGCUCAAGGCUCGCGUGCUGCCCUCGUUCCUGGGCGGCAUUCCGCGCAAAUUCUCGAUGCUGCACCUCGACAAGACGCUCUUCCCCGAACUGCAGCGCCUCGUCGACUCAGGCAAGAUCCGCCCAGUCGUCGACCGCACGUUCGCCUUCGACGAGGCGCGCGACGCGUACGCCUACCUCAUCGACGGCCGCGCCCUGGGCAAGGUCAACGUCGCUGCGGCGCGCAGCUGAGC